GGGAAACCCUAUGUCUGUAAACAAUGUGGCAAAGCUUUCAGAACAUAUAAAUAUGUUCAGAUCCAUGAAAGAAAUCACAGUGGAGAGAAACCAUAUGUAUGUAAGCAGUGUGGGAAAGCUUUCAGCACAUAUGGAUAUGUUCAAAUACAUGAAAGACUUCACACUGGGGAGAAACCCUAUGUUUGUAAGCAAUGUGGGAAAGCUUUCAGCACAAGUAGCAAUUGUCGAACACAUGAAAAAGGUCACACUGGGGAUAAACCUUAUAAAUGUAAGCAGUGUGGAAAAGCUUUCAGCACACGUGGUGCUUGUCAAACACAUGAAAGUAUUCAUACUGGGGGAAAAGCCUGUGUGUGUAAGCAGUGUGGGAAAGCUUUUACCACACGUAGAUUUUGUCAAAUACAUGAACGAGCUCACACUGGGGACAAACCCUAUGUAUGUAAGCAAUGUGGGAAAGCUUUCACUGCACAUAUAUAUUGUCAAAGACAUGAAAGAGUUCACAGUGGGGAGAAACCCUAUGUUUGUAAGCAGUGUGGAAAAGCGUUCACCACAAGUGGUUAUUGUCGAAUACAUGAAAGAGUUCACACUGGGGAGAAGCCCUAUGUGUGUAAGCAAUGUGGCAAAGCUUUCAGCUCAUAUCGUACAUGCUAUUCACAUGAAAGAUUUCACAGUGGGGAGAAAGCAUAUGAAUGUAAGCAAUGUGGGAAAACUUUCAGCACAUAUGGAUAUGUUCAAAUACAUGAAAGAGCUCACACUGGAUACAAACCCUAUGAAUGUAAGCAAUGUGGCAAAGCUUUCAGCACAAAAAGUGCUUGUCAAAGACAUGAAAAAGCUCACAGUGGGGAGAAACCAUAUCCAUGUAAGCAAUGUGGGAAAGCUUUUACCACACGUAGAUGUUGUCAAAGACAUGAAAGAGUUCACACUGGAGACAAACCCUAUGCAUGUAAGCAAUGUGGGAAAGCUUUCAGCACAAAGAGUGCUUGUAGAACACAUGAAAGAUUUCACAGUGGGGAAAAACCCUAUGUAUGUAAGCAAUGUGGGAAAGCUUUCAGCACCUAUAGAUGUUGUCAAAGACAUGAAAGAGUUCACAAUGGGGAGAAACCUUACAUAUGUAACCAAUGUGGGAAUGGUUUUACCACAAAAAGUGCUUGUCAAACUCACGAAAGAGUUCACACUGGAGAAAAACCCUAUGUAUGUAAGCAAUGUGGGAAAGCAUUCAGCUCAUAUGGUACUUGCAAAACACAUGAAAGAUUUCACACUGGGGAGAAACCUUAUGUAUGUAAGCAGUGUGGGAAAGCUUUCAGCACAAGCAGUCAUUGUCGAACACAUGAAAGAGUUCACACUGGGGAGAAACCCUAUGAAUGUAAGCAGUGUGGGAAAGCUUUCAGCACACGUAGAUGUUGUCAAAGACAUGAAAGAAUUCAUACUGGGGAGAAACCCUAUGUAUGUAAGCAAUGUGGAAAAGCUUUCACCACACACAUAUAUUCCCAAAUACAUGAAAGAGUUCACAGUGGCGUGAAACCUUAUGUAUGUAAGCAAUGUGGGAAA